ACGCUCAUGUUCACGCUCACACUACUCGUCAACUGUCUGUCCUGACAAGAGUGAGACAUCAGAUGUCCGCGGGAAAUAUGGACCAUGAGAGGAAAAGAAAAAUGAAGGAGCAAUGUGCCCUGAGGAAGGACAUCAUCAAAGAGUUCCUGGCAGAAUUUCUGGGGAUAUUCGUAUUAAUACUAUUUGGAUGUGGCUCGGUGGCCCAGACGGUGCUGAGUAAGGGAGCUCUGGGAGAACCCCUGACCAUCCACAUCGGCUUCACUCUGGGGGUGAUGAUGGCCGUCUAUGUGGCUGGGGGAGUUUCAGGGGCCCAUGUGAACCCAGCAGUCUCCCUGGCCAUGGUGGUCCUGGGCAAGCUGCCAAUAAAGAAGUUCCCUGUCUACGUGGCAGCACAGUUCCUGGGUGCCUUUGCUGGAUCUUGUGCUGUCUAUGGGUUGUAUUAUGAUGCCUUAAUGGAACACACAGGAGGAGUUAUGCAAGUUACUGGCGUCAAUGCCACAGCUAAUAUAUGGGCAUCCUACCCUGCCAAGCACAUCUCAGUCCUUGGAGGAUUCGUAGACCAGGUAAUAGGAACAGCUGCCUUGAUCCUGUGCAUUCUGGCCAUUAUUGAUGGGAAGAACAUUGGAGCUCCUAAAGGGAUGGAGCCACUGUGCAUUGGCCUGAUCAUCAUGGCCAUCGGCGUGUCCAUGGGACUCAACUGUGGCUAUCCCAUCAACCCUGCUAGAGACCUGGGCCCAAGGCUCUUCACUGCUGUGGCCGGUUGGGGCAUGGAGGUGUUCCGUGCUGGAGGCUGCUGGUGGUGGAUCCCAGUAGUGGGGCCCAUGGUGGGAGGAGUGGUGGGAGCCGCCAUUUACUUCCUGUUCAUCGAGCUGCACCAUGCCGAGCCUGAGAAACAGGGGGAGAACAACGUCAAGGACAAAUACGAGAUGGUCACCCUGAGUUAGACAAAGAGGCCAUGAGCACCAAUGGUACUGAGGCUUGGCAGCUUCCUACCCCUUUAACCCUCAACAGGAUAAACAUUCACCUCAAUGAGGCCACACUUGACACAACCUUCUCUGCUUGCACUAGAGUCAUUUCCUCUGUCUAAGGGAUCUGAGGUCAGGUCUCAGUCUCUGCACUCUCAUGGACAGGUCUGCUGAAAGAAUGCCAGUUGAGCCAACACAUAAAAAACACAAACAGUAUGUAAUGUUAAAUUCACAAUCACAAGCUGAGAUCUCAGGCAUGUUUACUAGCCCAUGACAUCAUCAUCAGGUGUUCAGACUAUCCAUUCUACUCUGAGGAUAGUUCCUGAGUACAGUGAUUUUUAAGAAUUUAUAUUGCAUUUCUUGUAUAGGGAUAUUUUUCAUUGCAGGAGGAAUUUUCCAAGUUUGAAACCGUCUCAAUAUUUUCUUUUUCAGGCAGAGGCAAUGGUAAAUGUUAUUAACAACACAAAUGGUAAAUGUUAUUAACAACAUAGAAAAUAGCCAGUAACAGUUUCUGUGAUGGAAGGAAGGAAUGUGUAUAUUUUUUGUCAUUGAGCUAGUUUAAUUGUAUGCUCUCUGGAGUGUCUUCCAUCUUCUGCUUCACUUCAUCCAUCUAUUUGUUACAGUUAUGUGAAUCGCUCUGCCUGCUGUGACAUACAGCCUCAUCACUGCAUGUGUGCUAUAGCUAACACACAUCUAUGUAUUUGUGCUUUGAAAAGCUCAUAGUCUUGUUUCCUAGCUUUUAUUUUUAGAGGGCAGAAAAAACAGCCUUAAUGUGUGUGAAAUUAGCCUCCCACCGUUCUGUGUGUACUCUCUCUCUCUCGUGGAGCACAGAACUGUGUAUCGUGACACGGCAUCACUUCUAAAUUAUUUUUAUCUGACUUUUAUUUCCUCUUAUAUAACGUUCCUGCUGUCGUGUGCACACAUUUUCAUAGAAGCAUGAGUAGGGGAGCCUAGUAUCUACAGUACCAAGCAUGAGUAGGGGAGCCUAGUAUCUACAGUACCAAGCAUGAGUAGGGGAGCCUAGUAUCUACAGUACCAUUGGACAUGUUUUAAUAAACAAAAUACUGUAUGAAGAGUCCAAUGAGAGAUAGUUUACCCCACUGGCCAAUGGCCAUAUGGGAAUGUAUAAAAAUGGUUUGUUUAUCAUAAUCAUUGCGUUAUUCCUCCAAUGAUGUGACUAGGAUUUAACCACUGAGGAACUCCUACACUAUGACCUAUAGUGAACUGGACAAUAACAGAAUAACAUCAGUGCAACUUCCAAGAAUAGAGCCCUUCAACUCAGACAAAAACACUCAAAUGAACACUCAAGUGAUGUUAUUUAGCCAUGGGUGGGCAGAGCAACAUGGAUGGGCAGAGGAACAUGGGUGGGCAGAGCAACAUGGAUGGGCAGAGGAACAUGGGUGGACAGAGGAACAUGGGUGGACAGAGGAACAUGGGUGGACAGAGGAACAUGGGUGGACAGAGGAACAUGGGUGGACAGAGGAACAUGGGUGGACAGAGGAACAUGGGUGGACAGAGGAACAUGGAUGGGCAGAGGAACAUGGGUGGACAGAGGAACAUGGGUGGACAGAGGAACGUGGGUGGACAGAGGAACAUGGGUGGACAGAGGAACAUGGGUGGACAGAGGAACAUGGGUGGACAGAGGAACGUGGGUGGACAGAGGAACAUGGGUGUGCAGAGGAACAUGGGUGGGCAGAGGAACAUGGGUGGGCAGAGGAACACUAGUUCCCUAUUCCCAGAAGAGCCCUCACCAAUGGAACACAUAGCAUUUUAUAACCUGUAUGUGGCUUACUACUGAACCAGAUAUAAUUCGUAAGGAAUAAUAAAGCUCUUUAGAAAUUAUUUUCUAUAUUA